UCCCUCAAAGACACAGCUCCCGAAAAUCCUCUCUCUUCUGCCCCUGUUCACACGAAAGAGAGAGAGAGAGCUAAAUUAUGAGGAAAGCACUCAAUUCCCUAGUUUGAAACUGCAACAAAAUACCACUUAUUUAAUUACUUUCCCCAUUUGUUGUUUGGCUUUCAUGGGCUUCAAGCUACAAUGAUUUCUUCUCUCUGCCACCCUGCGCUGUGAUAUCAUCACGCCAGUUCUCAGCCUUGACCUUCUAUUCUCUCAUACCUUCUCCUUAAAGACCCUGUAGUAGUACUUUACUCCAGUUCUGAGAACGGGGGCAAAAAUCAGAGAAAAGGGACCAAACUAGUUCGAUCUUGUCCUCUUCAAUGUCGAACUCUGAGGGAUUAUUAGAGCCCAAGGCCAAGAGGAAGAGAAGCUUACCUGGCAACCCGGACCCAGACGCAGAAGUGAUAGCACUAUCCCCAAAGAGCUUAAUGACUACGAACAGAUUUGUCUGUGAAAUCUGCAACAAGGGUUUCCAAAGAGACCAGAACCUGCAACUUCACAGAAGAGGCCAUAACCUGCCGUGGAAGCUCAAGCAGAGAUCAGACAAGGAUACGAUCAAGAAGAAAGUCUACGUUUGCCCUGAGCUUUCUUGCGUCCACCACAGCCCGUCAAGGGCUCUCGGCGACCUCACGGGGAUCAAGAAGCAUUACUGUAGGAAGCACGGGGAGAAGAAGUGGAGGUGUGACAAGUGCUCGAAGAAGUACGCGGUGCAUUCGGACUGGAAAGCUCAUGUUAAGACCUGCGGAACGAGAGAGUACAGGUGCGGCUGUGGGAUUCUCUUUGCUAGGAAAGAUAGUUUCAUCACCCAUAGAGCUUUCUGUGAUGCCCUAGCUGAAGAGAGUGCAAGACUCAUUGCCUCAUCAACAUCAAACAGCACAACCCCCCCUCUCUUCCUCCCCUUCUCUGCGUCAUCCAUAUGGGACCCACUCAUCUCAAGUCCUAACCCUAAUCCCGAUCUUAACCCUAACCCUAACCCUAGCUCUCUUUUUGAUGUCAAUGUCGAGCAUGAAGACCCCCUCAUCCGCCCUCCCUUCACCACCACCCCUUCACCCCACCUGUCAGCCACUGCACUCCUCCAGAAGGCCUCCAUGAUGGGGCCCACAACCGCACGCCACGUGGAAGGUAUAGCGGAUCAUGUGUCGACGUGGCAGGGGGGCAAGAAGUUGACUAGGGACUUUCUUGGGGUCUCAGCCGGAGAAGAGGAAGAGCUGAUGUCACUCAAUGGUCUGGAGAUGGAUAUGGUCAGUGUUGACCGCGUCAACAGUUUUGGGUUACCCGGUGAAGAGGAAUGCCCCUGCUUUUUGUGAGGAUUUAUGGUAUUGCCACCCAGCAAGAGAGGUCAUUCACAAGUUGUUGGUACUAGUUUUCAGCGCGAUUAUUUACAUCCCGGUAUCCCGUGAUAUGGUACAAUUACACGGAUGAUUUCAUGGUAUGUGAGUCUGCACAGAUAAUCCUAAAAUUACUAAGUAAUACUAUACCGGUAACCCUAAUGAAAGUAAUCUUAAGGUUACUCAAGGAUUAUCGCGCGUGUAGUUUCAGUCAGUAAUCUCAGGGUUAAUUAUUUGUGUGAGUACAUAAAUCUCAUGGUCAUUUGUGUAGUUGUACCGUAUCACAGGGUAUCGGAAUGCACAUAAUCUUUUUGGUAUGAUGUAUCUUUUGGGCUCUUCAGUUUUCUCUUAGUUUUCUUUUAUUUUCAAUUUCAGGUUCGGUUUUUUUGUUAGAAAUGAAGUAUUGAACUUCCUUAGGUUAAAUCACUGUGGUGUUAUGGUAAAUUAGUAAGAAGAGGGGUUAUUUUUUGGUAGAUUGGCAACAUUAUGAGCCGCGUGCAUGUGUAGGUUACAUGCACGUA